UGAUAUGGUCAAUUUUCUUAUGAAAUCUUUAUUAUCCGAAAAUAUAAUAUUAGAACAAGGAUUUCAUAUAUGUAAUGUUAUUACUGGUGAAUGUACAUGCUGGGAAUACAUAUGGAAUAGUUCAUUACGUGAUAAAUGUAGGCACUGUCAUGCAGCCACUUUGCUUAUAGAAACACAACAAAAAGGACAUCUAGAAGUUGUAAACAAAGCAAAGAAAAACUUGUUCAUUAUUUUCGUAAUAAGGAACGAGUAGUUCCCGCGUCUAUAAAAAAUAAUGUAAUAUAUCAAGGUGACAUGGAAGAUUCUUAUCAAGAAAUUAUUAGAUUAUAUAAUAUGCAAGGUAAUAAAAUAUUUUAUCUACUUAAACUGUCAUCUCAGGAGAUUAAAGAUCCAUUUCGGCCAGCAGAAUUAAGUGAAAGAACAAAAUCAAAUUUAGGCGCACCUCCUAAAUUAUCUGCUAAACCUCAAUC